UGUUGUUAUUGAUUUAUGAAAUUCAAAAAGUUUUUAAAACAUGUCAAUACUAUUUCGCUUUUACUUGGAACUUCAUACAAAGUUUUGCUGGGUGUCCUUUCAAAUUAAUUCAUAAUUACAGCUAAUUAAUCUCGAAACGUGUCAACAAAUUGGCGUCACGCGACUGUGACCAAAACUUUUUAAAGCUGACCUUUAUUAUUCGACUAUUAGCAAUGCUUUUCAACCCACUUUUCUAUCUCAUCAGUAUGACUGGCACCUCUGAGCUAUGUCAGAGCCAUUUGUCUCGCGAUGGAUUUUCUUAAAGCUAUCCCGAUUCAACGAUCCGUUGAUAUUCUUCCGAACCGUAGAUCGGUACGUUGGUUUCCUGCAUUGGAAUCUUCGCACCGGAUCAACCCGAGUCAAACUGCUGGCGAUUGUGGUCACGUUCCUCUAUCUAGUGAUAGCCAUCUUGUCGAUUCCCAUGAUUGAUCCUGGCGCAGUCCCGAUCGACUUCUACUUCGGCAUGUGGUUCCUUUUCGGUGCCGGAGGUUCCUGUUUCACGCAGUGGUUGGUACUGGCCCAGGAACGUCGUAAGCUCCGGAAGGUCGUCAGAUAUCUGACGGAGUUGCAGCGGCGCGACAGCCAUCAUCCGGCUCGAGUGCGCUCCAGACCGUGGAUAUUGGUUUUCGUGGUUCUAUAUUGGGCGCAGAACGUUGGACAGGCGGUGUACUGGGCGUUAACGUUGAAACAUACCAGCCCGAUUCAGCAGGCCACGGAUAUUGCGGUUGUAAAGGUGAUGGCUUCCUGGCUGUAUCCACCGAUCAUUGUGAUGCUGGGACAGAUGAGUGACGUAACGCAGGUCAUGACGUUCAACACGCUGCUGGUGUUUACGGUGGAGUUCGAGAUAAUGGCGAAGGAUUUUCGGCAGGCGAUUGAUUGCUGGGAUGUGAGGGAACUUCGAGAGUGUGUUGGGCGACAUAGAAAGCUGCUGGAAAUGGCGAUGGUUUUUCGGGAUAAGCUGAAGGUUUAUCUGAUGUUGACCUUGGAGAUCUACUUUUUCUUGAUAACGUAUGCUUGCUUUGUCAUGGUUAUCCAACUGACUGGAAACGGUGGUGGGCGGAGUUUUUUCACGAUUCUGACGGGGGUAGUAUCGGUAGUCUGUUUGAUCCUGUUCGGAUGGGUGUGCGAUCGACUGGAGCUUCAGGCAUCCGAUGUCGGGCGUCAGGUGUAUAAUUCGGACUGGACGAGCAAUUUUAUCUACCGGAAUGACAGAGCUCUAGAUUACCGCUUGACGAGGAAGAAUCUGUUGAUUGUGAUGAUGAGAGCACAAAACCGGAUUAGAUUCUCAUGUGGAAGUGUGCUAGACAUGUCCAUGGAGACGAGCUAUCAACUGUUGAAGUUGUGUUAUUCUGCUUUUACGAUACUACUAAGCAUGAUUCAGAAUUGGACGAGUUAAUUUCGAGACUAAGAAAAAU